AGAAUAACUAAUCAUAAAUUAAAGUCUUUUAUACUGUAGUAAAACAGGAACAAGGACAUUAAUGUUUUGGUAAAUAUUUUAGUGGCCGGUUUAAGGAUACCAUUUUCUAUGCAUGUUUACUGCCCACAAAACUGGGUCAGCGCUUCUCACAGCAAGGGUCGGACCAGUUCCCUUGGUAACCGUGACAUCUGAUACUAGGGAUGGUCAAGCUGCCUGCAGAUGUUACAUUCUUAUCAGGGACCUUGUCCGAGCUGUUCAACUGGUUGUACACGUGCUAUUUCGACUUACACAGACGAUAUUUGGAUUAAUCACGAAGAAGAAAGAGAGCAUUUCUUUGAUCAAAAGACAAUCUACAGUAAGGAAGAACCGCCUAUGUGCGACAGCAACAGAUUCGGAAAUUGCAGCAAUUGCAAAAGAUUGGUUCAGAUUUUCUUGUGAUCGCGAUGGUGGCAGGAAAAGGAGAGAGGAACAAAAAAAGGACACAACAGGCAGCUACUGCAACUAUCAAUGCUGUGCUUAACAGGACUGAUCUGGGACAGAUAACUAAAAUUAACAUCUGAUAAUCAUUUAUCAGUUUUGACUCUUUAUAAUGAUACAUAACAUACUGUAUUUAAAACUGUUGAUUGUAAAAGAGAAUAAUGUACAUUUAAUCACUGUAUUGUCAUCAUAUACAAAUAAAUUGUAAAGCACUUGCCAAUAUGACAACUGAUUAAUUUUUAUGUUGCAAGCAUUACACAUAAGCAUCACUUUAUCUACUGUUUGUUACGUUGGGCCAAUGUUGGGCCUAUGCAGGUGAAACCAAUAGUUGGAAAUACACACUUGAAACCAACGAUGGGCCAACGUUGGCUAUCUGACAUACAAUGUUGGUUCAACGAUGGGCCAACAUUGGCUAUCUGACAUACAAUGUUGGUCCAACGAUGGGCCAACAUUGGCUAUCUGACAUACAAUGUUGGUCCAACGAUGGGCCAACACGUUGGGCCAACGAUGGGCCGAUGAGCAAAAUUACAUUGGGCCAACGUAGUUUGCCAACAUUGGCCCUACGUAGUCAACAUCUGUGGGCCAACGUUGGCCCAACGUAGUCAUGCUAUC